UAGCCUACAAGUGGGUAAAUUUGGCCGUUAUUAAAAACUCUCUAUAAAAGGCGCACAAGAGUCAAAUACAGUACAUUAUUUUUCAGAGACAUAAGGCAGUUCUACGAAACGUCCUCACGAAGUUAUAGAAAAUGAAGCUUCUUGUUGUCAUCCUGUUGGGUAUUGUUGUUUGCGUUUCUGCGCAACCCUUCUGCGACCCAGCCUACACUCCAACAGAAAAUGACGUGAAAAGCAAGAUUUGCAGCCUAGAGACCCGUGUAGAAAGGCUCGAGAUGAGCACAGCUCCAAUGACUAGCUGCCGUGCCGCUAAUCCCCAAAAUAAUGGUGAACAGACCCUCAGAAUCAAUGGACAGCAGUUCUCAGCCUACUGCCAUGUUGAUCCGAUUGUUAACUGUGGCCCGGGACCCUGGACAAUGGUCAUGAAGGUGGACGGGAAUAAGAAAAACUUCAACUAUGAUUCAACCUACUGGACUGACGAUGAAUCCUACAACAUGGCUGGAGGCAAGACAUUCACAGACCAUCAGGAAACCAAGCUUCCCACAUUCUGGGGUACAGAAUUCAGUAGAGUGUGCGUCGGAAUGCAAAAACCUGGCACUUCUAAUAUUCAAUGGAUGAGGAUCAACAUGAACAGCACUCGGCCAUCACUCCAAUCGGUAUUCACUGGUGACCGACUCGAGGCAAACAUCCCAGACAAAGAUUGGCGAAAUCUGCUCGGAUCCACGGAGGCAACACUGCAGCGCAACUGCCAAAGAUCAGGAUUCAAUGCCAUAUGCGAAAGGGCUUGGGGGCCCCGAGCAAGAAUUGGUAUAGUCGCUAAUAAUGAUAUGGAUUGUUAUAGCUGCGACUCUGUUAUAGGAAUAGGCAUUGAUGCAGACUACUGGCAGCAUUAUUCUGCUGGUAAUAUGUGCGAUUAUUGGUGUAGCAAUCUCGAACACACAAAUGAUAUGAGGGAAAACUUUCAAGCGACCAUGUCAUAUGUGCUUGUCGCAUGAUGUGAAACCAUCCCAUGACUCAUGUAAUACUGUAGAGGGUAGAUAAUAAACGAGCAUUAUAAAACCCAAA